AUGGCUGAGGCUCCCCCCCGGCGGGGGGCGGCUGCGGCCUCGGGGUCAAAGCCUCGCGGGGCGUCUCGCCUCGCUGCCGGCAGAGGCGGCGGCGCGUCUUCCUCGCCGGCCGCUAGAGCAACGCGACAGGGCAUCGGGGACGCCCUGGCGAUGAGAGGCGGCUUCUGGGGGCGAGGCCACGGCGGCGGACAGACACUGAGCGCAGACCGGUCUCCAUCCCCUCGCGCGCGUGGACGCGGGCAGGCUGACGCACCCGCAGGCGCGUCAGCCGCGGCUUCUGAAUUCCUCGCGGUGCCUGAGGCCGUUGAGGGCUCUGAUGCGGUUUGCGCGGCGCCGGUCGCACCUGCAUCGUCGUUUUCUUUUCCGCAGGCCGACGCACUUGCGCGGGAGUGCGUGCCACUCGACUGGCUGUCGGUGUGGGAUCGGCUGCCGUGGUACGUGGCGCUGAAGAAAGUCGAGAGCGCGGUCGUCGCGCUGCCUGCGGCGGGCUCGCCGUCGCCUGAGUCCGGGGACGACGCGGCGCGGAAGGCGGCCUUCUUCGCGCAUUUCUACCGCCUCGGCGAGCGUCUGCUGCAGCGCCUUUCGCAUGACUACGAGACGCUGCUCUCCGGCGACUCUGAGCAACGCUGGUUCCUGCACCUCGCACGGCAAAGCACGCUCGCGGCCUCGCCUGCUGCGCACCCCAAGACCAACAGCAAAGACCGGAAGCGCGCGAAGCGCGGAGGGGAAGAAGACGAGGAGGAUGAAGCCGCGGGCGACGGAGGAGGCUUCGAAGGCGCCGAAGGAUUUAACGGCAACGCGCCGAAAAAGGGCACGAAGGGCGACACGCUGUCGGCGCUUAGUCUGCUCAUUCAGCAGCAGCCGCUGUGCGCAUGCACCUGGCUCUACAAGCUGCUGUAUAUGAUCUCCGCGCGGCGAAGGGCCAGCGAGGGAGGGCGCCGCACCUGGGGCGGGCACUGCCAGCAGGCGAUCGAGGCCGCCUUCACGCUCUUCGACGGGCCGCUGCUCCUCCCCGCCUACCGCAAACUCCGCACCUGCGCCCAGCAACCUGACUGGCUCCGCGACCGCGUCUACGGCCUCCUCGGGCGCGCGGGCGCCGCGGCGGCCCCCAAGGAGAACGGCGGAGAGGCCCUCCUCCAGCUCGCGAUGCUGUGGCGCAUUGAGGCCGAAUUCAAAACGAUCUACGCAACGUUCGUUCAGCUUCUUUCUGACAGCACCGCGGACUCGGUAGUCCAUUUCGCGCGGCGGUCGCUGCGUCUCGCGUGGAGCCUGCUGAUGCGGAAGAAAGAGGAGGAACAGCGGCUGCUCGCACUCAUCGUGAACGCUCUAGGAAGUCGCGAAAACCAGGUCGCGUCCUCGGCGUCGCAUCUGCUUGCCCAGCUGCUGGUGCGGCAUGCGCCGAUGAAGCCAGUCGUCGCGGUCUACGUGGGGAGUUUUCUGUUGUCCCAGCUUCGCGAGGCACUGCAUCGCGCGCGCUCGGCCGCCAGUCAAACCUGGGAGGAGCUCCGGCUGACGUCCUCCGUCGCCUUCCGCAAGAAGGAGAAACGCCGCCGCCGCCGACUCGCCGAGCGCCGCGGCGCGGGCGUUGCCGAUCUUGAAGCCGUCGAGGAGGAAGCCCCUAGCAAGUCGGGAAGGGACAUAGAGAAGAACAAACGCGUGGAAACGCUCUACAGACUAAUCAGACGACUGGGCGGCGCGAGGAACGAGAAGGCGGAUGUGGCUCAGGGGGAUGGCGAGGAGAAAGUAAAGAAGGCGCGUGGGUUUUUUCCGCAGCAUCACCGCGUCCGCCCGCUUCCUCCCGCGGAGGUCAAGGCGCUGCAGCAGCAGGUGCUCACGUUGUUGAUGCCCUCGAAGCUCGUGGACUCUCUGCAGAGCGUCUACCGCGCCGUUCUCUUCUUCUCAGAGCUCCAGUUUCACAAAGACACGGACGCGGAGGUCGCUGCUCAGGUGACGCGCAUCUACCUGCAGGUCUUCACGCAGUUGCACCGCUUCCCCUCGUCGCUGCGCACGCGCCUCGCGCGGCCGGCGGGCGCGUCGCAGAGUAUGCGCGAUGGCGAUGGUCCGCCGCCUCCUUUUCUGCCGCCUCUGUACCAGCUCGCGUCUCUUAACCGAUUAGUGCGAGCGCUGCUGAACGGGCUCCACCGCGCCCUGCCGUACGUGCCCGCGGACUUUGCCUCCUCGGCCUUUUCCUCGGUUCUCGGCGCGCCGGUCGCCGCCCGCCCCGACGCGAAGGAGACGCACGACGGCGAGGACGAGAUGCUUGAAACGCUCUACACACUCGUUCACACGCUGCCCUCCAUGGCCUCGCGAAUCGUCGUCCUGCGGCUGCUCCAUCGGAUCGUCGUCGGCAGCAACCUCCCCCUGGACCGCCUGAGCCGCGUGGUGUACGAACACCUGAACGACCCGGAGGCCUUCGCGGCCUCGAAUCGCGCUGCGCUGCUUUCGCUGGUCAGCUCGCUCACGCUUUCUGCUUCGUCGGCGGAGGCGCUGCCCGCCGCGCCGCUUUCCGCUUCCGAGGAGCUCCUCUCUGUGCAGCGGCGCGCCGCCUUCUGCAAGCGCCUGCUUCAAGCUGGCCUUGCGCACGCCGAUCCCCCGGGCGUCGCGGCGGCGGCCGCCCUCGUGUCCGCGCUUCUAGUUGUUCACGAAAAAGACGCGGCGAUGCAAAGCAGAAAGUUCAAGAGAAACGAUGAAUGCCGCGUCGAACAGAUGCUCUCUGAGAAGGAGAGAGAUCUCCAGGCGGAGUCUGAGGACAAGGCCUCUGGCGUAGAAGGCGAGAGGCAAAAGAAGAAGAGCAAAAACAGCAAAAACCGCGGAGCUGAGUCCGAGACGGAAGGCGAAGAGGCCUCUCGGCCUGCAUGCGUAUAUGAUCCCACGAAGCGCGAUCCGCGAUACAGUCGGGCGAGCGAGACCCGGCUGUGGGAACUUGCGGCGGCGAGCGCCUUCUAUCACCCUGCGGUAUCUUCGGUGGCUGGCUCGACGAUCGCGGGCGUCUGCGGCGGCGAAAAGUCCAAGAGCAAGAAGAACGCCUUUCUCGCACGAAAGGACAAGCGCCGAUACCACGUGGAGCAGCUUAUGGGCUACGACGAAGACAGUGUGGGUCAGCUGGUCACCUCGCUCACACACAGCCGCGUGCUGGAUCUCCUCGCAUAUAAGCCGAGAGCGGAGGUUGGGGCCGAAGCGGAGAAAGGCCGCGAGAAGAAGCGGAAAGACGAAGAAGGAAAUAAGACGAAAGGCCCCUUUUACCUGGGAAGAGCCGCGGCCUUCCCACUGGACAGCGCGAGGCACUGGCGGGCGAGGGGCGACAGGGUUCCUCCUCAGGAAAAGUUCAUGGCGAGCUACUUCCAGGACCCAUUUGUGGCGGAGACGGAGGCGCUGCGACGCAGAAAGAGGAAGUUAGGCGAGCGAGACGAAGAAGGCAGCGGAGACGAAGACAAGAUGCAUGAGAGCGAUGAAGAGGAGAAGGACGAACAGAUGCUUAGCGACGAGGAGGUCGAUGCCUUCUUGUCCGAGCAGCUCGCCGCGCAGUUCGGCGCCGGCGAGGAGGACGACGAAGACGAAGACGAGGACGACAUGGGAGACGAUGACGGAGAAGAGGAGCAAGACAGAGAAGGAGAGGAAGAAGAAGAUGAUGACGCAGAUGAUGGAGAGGGCGGAGGGGAAGAUAUGUCUGAAGCGGGUGAGAAGGAGGACGACGAAGACGAAGGCGACAUGGGCACGCUGUCCUCAGGCGAUGAAGAAAUCGACGACGGUAUUUUCGGUGGAGACGGAGAUGACGAUGAGGACGAAGAGCCUGCGCCGCCCGCCAAAGGAAAGCAACGCAAGAGCCCCGGAAAGGAGCUCCGCGACGCGCGUCUGAAGCGCCUCCGCGAGCAUGUGAAGCGUCACUCGAGUGUCGGCGAGGGCGGCAGCUCCAGUUUCGUCUCAGCGGAAGGUCUCGAGGAUCUUCUCAGAGGGUAA